AGUUCUUCUUUCCGUUCCAACCCGGUUCACUAGUGAGCCACUUUGCUAAAGUGCCAGUGAUUCCACGUGUGGAUUUCAUUCGAAAGCUCGCGUAAAACACAUUUGAUAACAUGAGUUCGUCAUUUGAACAGAUGCGAGCAAAUGUAGCCAAGCUGCUCCGUGGUAUCGACAGAUACAACCCAGAGAAUCUGGCUACUUUGGAGCGCUAUGUGGAAACGCAAGCAAGAGAAAACGCCUAUGACCUGGAAGCCAAUCUGGCUGUUCUUAAACUCUACCAGUUCAACCCAGCUUACUUUCAGACCACAGUCACAUCACAAGUCUUGCUCAAGGCCCUGACGAAUCUGCCGCACACAGACUUCACCCUAUGCAAGUGCAUGAUUGACCAGACACACCAGCAGGAGGAACGACCGAUUAGACAGAUACUCUACCUGGGGAACCUUCUGGAAACGUGUCACUUUCAGGCAUUCUGGACUAGCCUGGAGGAGAACAGGGAGCUUAUUGAUGGCAUCACUGGAUUUGAAGAAUCUGUACGCAAGUUUAUCUGCCAUGUCGUGGGAAUCACCUACCAAAACAUUGAACACAGGCUUUUGGCUGAAAUGUUGGGAGACCCAUUGGACACUCAAGUGAAAGUGUGGAUGAGUAAAUAUGGCUGGACAGAGAAUGAAGAUGGUAUGAUAUUCAUCUUCAACCAGGAAGAGAGCAUCAAACCCAAGAACAUUGUGGAGAAGAUUGACUUUGAAAGUGUAUCAAGCAUAAUGGCAACAUCACAGUGAACCCCUCAUCACAAUAUGUCAUCACAGCGAACCCCUCAUCACAAUAAUAUCUCCGGAUUUUUUACCCAUUUCUUUUGCCUUCAUUAAAAAGAAAACAACAACUUUGCAAUAAACAUAAUGGAUCUGCAA